AUGGACCUCGCGACGGGGGCCAUGGGUAGCCUGCUCCUCAAGCUUGGUGAGCUCCUCAUGGAGGAGUACAAGCUGCAGACCGGCGUCAAGGAAGAUGUUGAGUAUCUCAAGAGAGAGCUGACAAGCAUGUAUGCUGCCCUCUGCAAGGUGGGGGGCGUGCCGCGAGACCAGCUCGAUGAGCAGGUCAAGCUCUGGGCGAACGAAGUCAGGGAUUUAUCGUUCAUAAUGGAGGACAUCGUCGACAAGUUCCUCGUGCGCAUCGAGGGAGCUGAGCCUGCCAUCAAGCCAAAAAAACUCAAGAAGCUCAUGAAGAAGAUGGGAAACUUGUUCAGCAAGAGCAAGACUCGCCAUGAGAUCUCCGAUGAGAUCAAAGACAUCAAGGUCCGUGUCAAGGAGGCGGCUGACCGACGUGAUAGGUACCGGGUGAAUGACGUUGUUGUUAAUCCAGUUGGCACAGUCACUGUUGACCCUCGCCUAUUGGCUCUGUACAAGGAUCAGAAAGAGCUCGUUGGUAUUGACGAUUCAUUGAACAAGCUAAGAAAGAUGAUGAGUGAUGGGGAUGGUAAUGCAUCCAAGCAACUCAAGAUACUCUCUAUUUUUGGAUUCGGAGGCCUUGGCAAGACAACUCUUGCCAAAGCAGUGUAUGACAAGCUUAAAGUGCAGUUUGAUUGCAGUGCUUUUGUUCCGGUAGGACGGAACCCUAGCGUGAAGAAAGUUCUUAAUGACAUACUCCUUGAAAUUGAUGGGCAAAAGUACUUGGAGUUGGAUGAAAGGCAGCUAAUCAACAAACUCAAAGGAUUACUCGAGAACAAAAGGUACUUGAUUGUCAUCGAUGACAUAUGGGAUAAAAGAACAUGGGAACUAGUCAAGACCGCUUUGGUGUGUAAUAAUAAUGGAAGCAGGAUAAUCACAACUACUCGUAUACUCAAAGUUGCCACAGCGAGUAGUGAAGUAUACAAGCUACAACCACUUUCUCCUUAUCUAUCCAAGGAGUUAUUUCAUAGAAGACUAUCUUGUGAUGAAAUAGAAUGGCCUAAUCAUCUGCUGACAGAGGUAUACGAUAAGAUUUUACAUAAAUGUGGUGGUGUACCAUUGGCUAUAAUCACAAUAGCUAGUUUGCUUGUCGGUAAACCUGUGGAUUUUUGGUCUAAGGUACACACUUCAAUUGGUUUUGGGCAUGAAGAAAACGAAGACGUGGAGAACACGAGACAAAUACUUUUAUUUAGCUAUUAUGAUCUACCUUUUCACCUAAAGACUUGCUUAUUGUAUCUAAGCAUAUACCCCGAAGAUCAUCUGAUUGAAAAAGAUAGUUUGAUAUGGAAGUGGGUCGCCGAAGGUUUUAUCCAUGAGGAACCAGGGGUAGGACUAUUCGAGAUUGGUGAGAGGUACUUCAACGAGUUGGUGAACAAAAGCAUGAUAAUGCCGGUAGAGGGGUCCCUGUAUCUUGGCAUCAAAAGGCUUGUUGGCAUCAUAACUGGAUGUCGCAUCCAUGACAUGAUUUUGGAUAUGAUAUGCCUAUUGUCAAAUGAACAAAAUUUUGUUACUGUAUUAGAUAAUAAUGAGCAAUAUACAACUUCACAUUGCAAUGCUCAUAGGCUAGCCGUUCAUCGUAGAGUCCAACCCUUGGCUAGCACAUCUACAUCACGAGCAAGGUCACUUAGUGCCAUGUGCAACGCUGAGAUGUUGCCAUCACUUUCAUGCUUUGAAGUUUUGCGUGUCCUAUCUUUAGAAGGCCCCACUAAUUCGUGCAACACCAAUCAUCUUGAGCAUGUUGGAAAGCUAGUUCACCUGAGGCACCUGAAACUAGCAAGCAUGGGCGUCUGUGAGGUCCCAAAGGAAAUAGGAUAUCUGAAGUUCUUGGUGGUAUUGGACUUGGGUCGAAAUAGCAUAAGUGAACUUCCAGAGAGUAUUGGUCGACUAAGUAAACUCAAGUGCUUGAACAUCUGUGAAACAGACAUUGAAGUGCCAUAUUGGAUCACAAAUCUGACUUCUCUGGAAGAGCUAUGUCUAUAUAAAGUUGAUGAGCAAUCGAACUUUGUGACAGAGCUGGGCAAGUUGAUAGAGUUGAGGAAGCUCCGCAUUUCUAACACUUUAGAACUAUGGAGUGACAGCGCAAGGAGUGUUUGGGCGGAGUCUAUAGCUAACCUGAAUAAGAUCCAAGUCAUUGACAUUAAUCUUAUUGGUUCGUUUAGAGUUCCUGGUGAUGAGAGCCCCUGGAAACGGUAUGCCCUCUCUCCACAACUCCGUGUUCUACACAUGGCCUAUGGAGAACCUGGGCUAGUUGCAAGGAUCAAUCCACGGCUUCUUCCAAACCUCUCCCAUUUGGAACUAUUUGUAUACACUUCGGAACUGGGGGUCUUUGGAAGUUUCCGAGAGCUUGUUACCCUCAAGCUAUGCACGUGGUCAGCUCUCCACCAUGACACCAUGGGCGGUGCAGGUGCGUUCCCCAAGCUGAGGGUAUUCAAGACAGAAGCAACAAUUGGCUCGUUUCUAGAGGGAGAUAUGCCCAUCCUUGAAUCUCUCUAG